AUGCAAGCAUGUUCCCUUCAGGGCAUAGGCAUAGAGCUUGCCCAGUGCUUGAAUCAAGGUAAAAAUUCUAUCCCCUUUGAGUCCUGUUGCAAAGCACUUAAUCAAGCAGUUCAGGCUGGAGUCUACUGCUUGUGCUUGCUGCUGGCAUCAACUAGUCCUCUCUUGAGCAGCAAACUUUCACUGCAAUUCUCGACCUGCUAUAUAUCGAUACCUCCAUUGACACAAUGUCUAGAUCCAUUUCCAGAACUACACCCACCGGCUAGUCCAGAACCGGUGCUUCUUCCACCUGAUACCCCACUGAAGCCACCAGAGCUGCCAAUGACAGUGCCACUUCCACCAGACAUAGUAAAGGAGCCACCCCAGCCUUCUGAUCCAAAUAAUUUGCUUGUGCCUUCACCCCCGGGCACGGUACACAUACCAUCAAACUCGAGCACUCCAGAUAACAGUUCUACAAUAGCUGCAUUACAAGCACCUCUGGGUAGCAAUGCUGCUACGAAUUUGAGCAUUUCUAGUAGCUGGAACUCAACAUCACAUGGUGGAGAUAAGACCUAUAGGAUGUUAUAUCCAAAACUAUUGCUAGCAGUGACUCUUUAUGCUUUUAUAUCAUAA